GCCAUCUUGUCUUAAUCCCUAAAAUCUGAAAAGAUAUCGCAAAGCGGCAGCCUAGGUUAUAAUAACAAGAUCUCGAUGGACACGUACUCUCGCAAGCGAUCCGCCCCCAAGGAACCGUUCGAUAGUGAGCCUGCUGCUAAGGAAAAAUUCAAUUACAUCAGUUCCAGGGUUAGGAUAUCUGUUGAAGGAUUCAGCCAUGGCCGACUUACGGAUGAAAUCAAGAGUGAACUGAUUAAUCACUUCAAAUCAUGUGGCGACCUCAUUAGCGUUGAGGUUCCCACAGACCCUAUUUUAGAAAGUCGUGCUUUUGUUAAUUAUCAUGGACAUCUCGCAAAAGAGAGAGCGUUGCAACUUAAUGGAAGUGACAUUGGAAAUUGGAAGGCCCUUGUUAAGUUUGCACCCCGGGAAGAAGACCUGGAUUACCAGGUGUCAUUACGUUAUCAUAGAUCUCUGUAUUCUGACCUAGCCAAUGACGAAAGAUUUUGGUAUGGCAUUGCCGUUUUGGGGUAUGACACUUCCCUUCCUGAAGAUCAAGUCAAGAGCAUUUUGACAGAACAUUUCUCUUCUUGUGGAGUGAUAACACAUGUUUUCGUUUGCACUCCCGACGAGUGUACUAAUAUCUAUUUUUCCAAAAAAGAAGAUGAAGCUAGUGCUAUGGAUCUUAAUGGAAGUAAAGUGGGCGGAUUCAAAAUAACUACUAUGCUCUUAGCCACCGCCAUAAGUAACCCUCGCCUUGCCCCCGGUGAUGAACCUACGGUUGGCUAUUCUAUCCCAGCUCCUUUUCUUGAGUUCGCCCGCGAGAUCAAUAAGAAGCGCGAUGAUUAUAUGACUGAGUGGAGGGUCAAGGAGAGGAGGGAGAGGGUCAAGGCGAGGAGGGAGCAGGCGAGGAGGGAGCAGGCUUUCAAGGCCUCGUAAUAAGAAGAUCACCACGGCCAUGAUCAGGAUGGAGAGGAGAAGGGCUCCUUUGAGGAGAGGAUGUUGAUGUAAUAAAUUUCUCUCUCAAGAAACUAAGAAGAUCUUCGGGUGUUUAUCAAUCCUGCGAUAAUUAUAUGCAACCUUUUUUAUCAGCCGUUUGUUUUGUGUGUGUGUGUUUAUGUGUGUGUGUGUUGUGGAUGAUAAACUUAGAACUUAUUUAUCUUAGUUUUAUUAGCCUUUGGUAGACAGAAGCAUAAUCU